CAAAGCCCAGUAAUUUCCAAAUCCAUGUGUGGCCCAGCUACAAUGUGAAGAAACCACGCUACAAAAACCAUCAAACACGAAAAAACACAGGCACAUUUUCCACCUACCUUCCUUCGAUCACCAUUUCUGGUUUUCAGCGCUUAAGAAGCUCAAACAUGGCUACCAUCAGCACCAAGCUUUUGGAAUAAUCAGUGAGGUAUUUGUGCUUGGGAAUAUUGUUCAAUGGGUGAAUUAGUUGGCCCUCGUUUGUACAGCUGCUACAAGUGCCGGAAUCACGUUUGCCUUCACGAUGAUAUAAUCUCUAAGGCGUUUCAGGGAAGGCACGGAAGAGCCUUUUUGUUCUCCCAUGCAAUGAACAUUGUUUUGGGGCCUAAAGAGAAUCGGAAUCUCAUGACUGGGCUGCACACGGUUGCUGACAUAUCUUGUGGAGAUUGCAGUGAGGUUUUGGGGUGGAAAUACGAACGGGCCUACGAGGCCUCACAGAAGUAUAAGGAGGGUAAAUUCAUAUUCGAAAAGUCAAAAAUUGUUAAGGAAAAUUGGUAGUUGUAUGUGUGUGUAGUGAAAUCUUCAAGUGUCCAUUCUCUUCAGUCUGUCUGGAAAAAAAAAUAAAUAAAGAAAAAAAGUUCUUGGUUAUUUGGUGGGAGGGUCAUAAGACUGUUGUUGUCUCAUUUGUAAUAUGUAAUUUCAAGUUUAUGUAAUUUCCACAUCAGUUCAUUGAUCCCUGCAGAUUAAUCUAUUUUCAGCAGGCCAUUUGGUAACUUCUAGGAAAAGGAAUAGUUAAUCUUAAUAAUAAUAUGAAGCUUGUCCAAUUAUUUUAGGCUAUAAUUAAUAUAGCUUGGCUGUAAAUAGC